GCGCAGCCCCGCAACCAAGGGCGGAUCCCGGGCAGGACACGCGGCAGCAGCUUCUCCGGGGCAAGAUGCCGGAGCAGAGCAACGAUUACCGGGUGGUCGUGUUCGGCGCGGGCGGCGUGGGCAAGAGCUCGCUGGUGCUGCGCUUCGUGAAGGGGACCUUCCGUGACACCUACAUCCCCACCAUCGAGGACACGUACCGCCAGGUCAUCAGCUGUGACAAGAGUGUCUGCACCCUGCAGAUCACCGACACCACCGGCAGCCACCAGUUCCCGGCCAUGCAGCGUCUCUCCAUCUCCAAGGGCCAUGCCUUCAUCCUGGUCUUCUCCGUCACCAGCAAGCAGUCCCUGGAGGAGCUGAAGCCCAUCUACCAGCAGAUCGUGCAGAUCAAGGGCAGCGUGGAGAGCAUCCCCAUCAUGCUGGUGGGGAACAAGUGCGACGAGACCCAGCGGGAGGUGGAGAGCAGGGAGGGGGAGGCGAUGGCCAAGGAGUGGAAAUGCGCCUUCAUGGAGACCUCGGCCAAGAUGAACUACAACGUCAAGGAGCUCUUCCAGGAGCUGCUGAACCUGGAGAAGAGGAGGAACGUGAGCCUCACCAUCGACGGGAAGCGCUCCAGCAAGCAGAAGAGGACAGACAAAAUCAAGGGGAAAUGCAGCAUCAUGUAGAGCCUCGGACUGACCCGCACCCCCCUCCGGUCCCCCCCUCUACCCCCCCACGACUGGACGUGGCACCACAGUGGGGCUGUCCCCUCGUCCUCCGUGCCACCACUGUGACUGUGCAGGGACACCGCAGCGUGGGCUGCGCUCACCCCAGGUCUGGGGGCGAAGACGGGGUGUCCCACAGAGCUGAGGGGUGCUCGACCCCCCCCGCGCGCCGGGACACGUGGCCGGGCACCGCCGGGGACUCCGCAGCACAACCCGCGGCACCGGCUGGUCCCUGUCCCCGCCCCCUCCCCGGUGCGGGACCCCGCGUCGGUCCUCGUGGGUGGGAAGGGUGGUGACGCGUGGGGGUGUCGGUGUCACCCUUGGGGACAGUCACACGUGCCCCCGGCCCUCCCUGUGCCCCUGUCCCCAUGCCAUAGCGCUCUGCUCUUCCAGGCAGAGACCCGGGGCAGCAGCAGCCCCAGUGCGGUGCCACAGCCCCCCGAGCCCCCAGCCCUGUCCCGGUGCCACAGCUCCCUGAGCCCCCAUCCCCAUCCUGGUGCCCCCUGAGCCUCCAGCCCUCACCUGGUGCCCCCUGAGCCCCCAUCCUGGUGUCCCCAGUACCCCCAGCCCCAUCCUGGUGCCCCCGCAGCCCUGAGCCGCCAGCCCAAGCACAAAGCCUCGGGUCCGAGGGAGGUCCUGACCCAGCACAAUCCUGGCGAGCUCCGGUGGGAGACCCCUCCCCCCCCCCCAGCCCCCCGCUGCCCCCUCCCCACACAGGAUGAGCCCUUCAGCCCGGCUGGGCCACGAUGCCACGGUGACGGGCGCUGCCGUUCCCUGCCGUGAUGCCCCCACCGGCAGCCAGAGCCCUCCCCUAGCCCCCCAGUGUCCCUGCCAUGGGGCAGCCUGUUCCAACUCCCCAGGGACCCCCACCCCGCCACCCCCCCACUCCCAGCUCUGGUGCAGCCCUGCUUGCUCCCCCAUGGCCGGAGCGGGACCCCCGCCCUGUCACCAGCCCCUCAUCCCAGCGGGGUUUGUCCCCUCGCUCCGGCCCGGCUCACCCUCCGCCGGGGCCCCUGGGGGUGUCCCCAAGGGGGUGUCCCCAGGCAGGCUGGACCCCCGCCAGCUCCCCCCACCGCCGGCUUUUUACAAGACAACCCGAGCGCCCAGGGGACAAGGUGACAAGGUGACGUUCCGAUGUAGCCUUUAUUCUAGAACUAGUCUUCCUUCAAUAAAGAGAUGAGAAA